AUGGAUUGCUCUGAAGCACAGAAGUUACGGUUUAGUAUGCAUAUGUUAGUUGAGGAAUCUGAUGAAUGGUGGAUCAACACUCGUCAGGUGUUGGAUGUUGCAGCUGAAGUUAUAACUUGGGUUGUGUUCCGUAGGGAAUUUCUGAGAAAUUACUUUCUUGAGGAUGUUCGUGGGAAAAAGGAGAUUGAGUUUUUGGAGCUGAAGCAUGGUAACUUGUUGAUUAUUGAGAGUAUGUUUCCAAAUUUGUGGAACUUGCUAAGUUCUACCCUCAUUACAGUGGGUCUACUGUUGAGUUCUCGAAAUGUAUCAAAUUCGAGAAUGGAUGAUAGUAAGGCUUGGUCGACUCACUACAAGGGGUUGAGCGAGAGAAGAGGAAAUCAGAAUCUGAACUGUGGGAAGCCAUAUAGUGCUCCAGCUGAUAAAGGUAAACAAAGAGCUGCUGAUAGUAAGAGGCCAAGUGGAGGAGGUGCUCUUACUCCUCUUAAGUGCUAUAGGUGUGGUGAGUUGGAUCAUCGUGUCAGUGAAUGCAAGAGUGAUGUGAAUAAGUGUUACAAGUGUGGGAAGUCAGGAUACCUGGUUGCUGAUUUCAAAGAGAAUGUGGUGACUUGA